CUGGUCUAGUCUAGCCUGGUCCAGCCUUUGUUCAGAAAUUUUGCUUAGACUUUGUCCACCGGACCGCCACCCACAUUUCUCCACUAUACUACAGCUACCGCUACCUUCCUUGCAACUGUAGCUAACUGCUUCUUGGUCUUGGUUCCUUCUCCCUCCCUAACACCCAAACUUCCACUCUUACUUAAACCGUCUCUUCUUUCUCCAGCGUUAAUCUGCGCUGACCAGACUCCCCCAACGGCCAAAGGCACCACGCAUCCAAAUCUUGGAGAAAAGCACACCGGUAUUACAAGGGAAAAACAGAGGUUGAACAAAAUAAACCAUGAGCUGCUUCGGUUGUUGUUCGGAAGAUGACAUGCAAAAGACACAUGAUCAUGGACCAUUUACAGCAAAUAACUUUGCAGGUAAUAAUGCAGGCUUUCGUGUCCCAGAAUCAGUUCCAAAGGACCAACCAGCCAAAAGGAUCCAGCCAAUUGCUGUCCCAGCUAUUCCAGUUGAUGAAUUGAAGGACAUCACAGAUAACUUUGGUACAAAUGCUUUGAUUGGUGAGGGAUCAUAUGGAAGGGUAUACCAUGGUGUCUUGAAAAGUGGCCAGGCUGCAGCCAUAAAGAAGUUAGACUCCAGUAAGCAACCAGACCAGGAUUUCUUGGAACAGGUUUCUAUGGUAUCAAGAUUGAAACACGAAAAUGUUGUUGGGCUUCUUGGUUAUUCUGUGGAUGGUGGUCUCCGUGUCUUGGCCUAUGAGUAUGCUCCCAAUGGAUCUCUGCAUGAUAUUCUUCAUGGACGAAAAGGUGUUAAAGGUGCUCAGCCAGGUCCAGUGCUAUCUUGGGCCCAAAGGGUUAAAAUUGCUGUUGGGGCUGCAAAAGGCCUCGAAUAUUUGCAUGAAAAGGUGCAGCCUCAUAUUAUCCACCGCGAUAUUAAGUCCAGCAAUGUUUUACUUUUCGAGGAUGAUGUCUCCAAAAUUGCUGAUUUUGAUUUGUCAAAUCAAGCCCCUGACAUGGCAGCACGCCUUCAUUCUACUCGAGUCCUGGGGACUUUUGGUUAUCAUGCUCCGGAGUAUGCAAUGACUGGGCAGCUGAGUGCAAAGAGUGAUGUUUACAGCUUUGGUGUUGUUCUUCUGGAGCUGUUGACUGGUCGUAAACCUGUGGAUCAUACGUUGCCACGAGGACAGCAGAGUCUGGUAACGUGGGCGACUCCGAAACUCAGUGAGGAUAAGGUGAAGCAGUGUGUUGAUGCUAGACUACAGGAUCAAUACCCUCCUAAGGCAGUUGCUAAGAUGGCUGCCGUCGCUGCCUUGUGCGUGCAAUACGAAGCAGAUUUCCGGCCGAACAUGAGCAUCGUAGUAAAAGCUCUGCAGCCUCUUUUGAAUGCUCGAAGUGGAGCUUCCAGUGAAACACCAAACCUGUGACUGCGCAAAGCCAUUGGUUUGAUUGAUUUAAGCAACCGGCAUGAAAGGAAGUAGACAGUCUAGUUUCAUUCACUCACAAAACUGUAGAGAGUUGAUUUUCAAUCGUCCAAGUCCAACGUAAAUAUGCAUUUGACUUUAUAAUUGUUUUUUUUUUUUUUUUUUUUUUUAUGAAUCUUUUGUACACAAUUUAUUUUUCUUUGAAAUUGAAGUAUCAAAAGGGUAUACUGAC